GGAAGAAGAAUGAGUAGCUUUAUUGAAAUUCUUUGUGCAGUCAUGUUACCUCCUGUUGGUGUAUUCCUCAGAUUUGGCUGUGGGUUGGAAUUUUGGCUCUCUUUGCUUCUAACGUUCUUGGGUUUCAUCCCUGGACUGGUAUAUGCUAUCUUCGUUCUCACCAAGUAGGAAACACAACAACCAUAACAAAAACACUGGAUCCGUUCUUUUUUUUUUUUUUUCUUUUAAUUUCUUUUAUAAGUUGUUAUUUUAUUUUUUCAACAACGUUACUUUUCUGAUUUUUGUUUUGUUUAUGGAUUCAGUUUGUAUAUGUUUAAUCUCUCUUGUUUAU